GUUCUGCAAAUAUUUUGAUGUCCUGACAAAUGUGACUAAGCAGCUCUCCAAAGAAGUUGCAGAUGAUACAACAGCAGCCGUCACAAAGAAGAUACAUGAGAUACAGAAUCAAGUUUAUUCAAUUGCUUGGCACAUGAACCAGAAACUGCAGCUGUGUGUUUUAGAAACAAAACCGAUAAGUAUGUCUAUGAGAGCAUUUGUACUUCAGAAGAAAGAUAUUCAAGCAGUUGAAAUACACAUCUUCCCUGAGUCUGAUUAUGAUAAACGACUCAGUGACAAGUACUUGUACCCAGGCAUAAAGCCAGAAAUAGUUGACUCAGGAAGUCAAGGAGCAAUUGUGACGGUCAACAAUUUAAAACUGAAGAAAUGUGAACGAGCACAGAAGAGAAAUUAUGCCACGUGUUGUCAACAGUUCUAUAGGGUUUCUUUCAGAUUACAGUCUAAAGAAGGGCGGUGUGUGGAGUUGCUGUCCACACCCUUCUGUAUUCGGACUGGCUCCCAGCAGCUGUGGGAGUGUGUGGGUGCUGUCACCUGGUACUGUUUUGUUGCCCAGGACCUGUACAGGCAACCGUUCAAGUGUCAGACUGAGAUGAGCAUCUCCCAGCUUCUGGCAAUGCUGCAGGCAAUGAUUCUCACGAGAGACCCAGACAAGAAACUUGACUCUGAUGAGGUGGAGGCACUCGCAGACAUGUUACACUCACUGACAAAGACAGACAGUGUCAACCUCUUGGAUUUUGUCAAGCAUGCUAUGCCGAAACAAGGCAGAGAGAAGUCUGGGAAGAAUGAUUUCCCUUGUUUUACCUGGUUUGUAGCAGCACUGAAUACCCACAAGUAUUUGAUGGAGAACACUAAUCUGAGGGGCUGCAGUGACCUUGCUGGCUAUGAUCAGGUUAAAAAGAGAUGCAGCGGCAGGUUGGACAGAAGUGCAUGGAUUAGGAUUAGCAGGAAUGAGGUUGAAGCGGCUAGUGGCCAGUCACCAUAUGCAGAUGUUGUUGUUCAUGUGUACACAGCCUCCGGAGUGAAAACCUUGGUAGCCAGCCAUACCAAGUUGAUGGAACGGGCUCUGUCAAGUCGUGUCAGAAACUGGAUAGACCGUGAUGGCAAAAGUCUUGUCUUGACAAUUCAACCUUAUGGACAUCCUGUUGAGGAAUUGGACAGUUCUACAGAGGAAUCAAUACAAGAUAAUGGCUACCGCACAAAGUUUAAGACACAAACAAAGGAUAUAGUAUUAGAAGAUGAUUUUGGAAAGAUGAAUAUCAGAGGUAAGUCUGAUACAGAUCUGACUGAUAAUGACAGCAGUCAUGAAGUACCAGCCAAACAGGCAAGAAGCAACACUUGUAAAUCCACAGCUAUACCUGGCAGGCAGCCCCAGUUCCCUCCGUCUGCUGACAAUAGUUGCUUGUUCUCUGACAUAGCCUCUUCCAGUGAUGACAACUAUGAGGAGCUGAAUGCCAGCAUUAGUCCACUGUCAGAUCAAAAGUUGCAGCUGUAUUCAAAAGAUCUUUCCAGUGAAUUUUUGAACAUUAAAGCCUUGCCAGGAAACAUCCAGCAGCAGUUGGAUUCUCAGAGUGGGAUCGGUGAUGCUUCCAGAACGAAUGCCUUGCCAGAGAACAUCCGACAGCAGUCAAAUUCACAGACUGGGAAUCCUGUGCCUUACAACAAGAAGAGUCUCGAUGAACUGUUUGAUAGCUGCCUAGAUGAGGAUGGGGUGUAA